AUGGCUUUUCUUCAGAGUCCAGACUUCUUCGACUGUGUAGAUUGUCAUAGGAUGUCCCUCGUGAGGGCUGUGCUGAAAGUCGAGGAUGAGGUCUGUGGUAUUGCUGUGGAGCCGGUUACUAGUUCUCAGGUAAUAGUCGCCAUAGAGAAGAUUGUCCAGGGAGUGUUGGAGAGCCUGUCCAGGAAUGAGGCCCCGGUACUCACUGUGGAAAACAGAUCAACAUGGAGCAACAUAGAGUUCAGUGAUUCGGUUGGACUGCAGAUGGUGAAGGAUUGUAGCACCAGAAAAAUCCGGAGUGACUGCCCCCGAUCUGCUUUGCAUUUUGCCCUUAUUAUGAAGAUCUUGUCUGUGAUCUACAAGCUGGUUCAGACCGACACAUACGCAACCAAGAGGGACGUCUUUUAUGACAAUGUUCAGCUUUAUGGAAGCCAGAAGACAGUGGACAGUAUUAUCAUCGAUAUUUCCUGCAUGCUGAAGAUUCCCAGAAGGAGCUUACAUAUCCUGUCUACCUCCAAGGGCUGCGUUGCUGGGGAUCUGGUGUUCACAGAGGAAGAUGGGACCAGGGUGAUCUGCAACACGAAUUCCUCGGGAGUUCUCAUCCCGUCUAAUGUGGACGGAGUCCUGAACAUGAGAACCCAGGCCCGCUUUGUCCUCAUUAUUGAAAAAGAUGCCACUUUCCAGCGGCUCCUCGAUGACGAUUUUUGCGGGAAGUGCGGCCCCUGCAUCCUCAUCACGGGUAAAGGGGUUCCAGAUCUCAACACCAGGUUCUUUGUCCGCAAGCUGUGGGACACUUUUCAGAUUCCGAUCUUCGCUCUGGUGGACUGCGACCCACACGGGAUAGAGAUAAUGUGCAUCUACAAGUAUGGAUCUGUGUCCAUGUCCUUCGAGGCUCAUCAUUUAACCGUGCCAUCUGUAGCUUGGCUCGGCUUGCUGCCUUCCGACAUAGAGAGGUUAAACGUCCCCCAACGGGCCUUGAUCCCAUUAUCGGAGGAGGACCAGAAAAAACUGCGCAGUUUGGAGAAGAGGCCGUACGUUGCCAGCCAGCCGCUGUGGAAGAGAGAGCUGGAGAUAAUGACUUUGAGGAAAAUGAAAGCAGAAAUUCAGUCUCUGACGUCUCUGUCGCCCACCUACCUCUCCAGAGUCUACCUACCCAACAAGCUGCAAUAUGGCGGCUGGAUUUGAGGCGGCACC